AUGGAUGUGGAACCCAACGAAAUGGUGAUCGUGAGCACACUGGCUGCGUGCUCCGGCGCCAAGGAUCUCGCGCUGGGCAUGGCCAUCCACGCGAGAAUUCUCUCCCCGGAUCUCCGCAAGAGCGUGUUCGUCGGCACAGCGCUCCUCAACAUGUAUGCCAAGUGUGGAGCGAUCGAGCAGGCCAGAGCGGUGUUCGAUCAGAUGCCGCACAAGGAUGUAGUGUCGUGGACUGCGAUGAUCACCGCAUUUGCCCAGAUGGGGGAUUGCCGCCAGGCGCUCGAGACGCUCGAGGGGAUGAUCCAAGCUCGCGUCCAGCCCAAUCCGGUGACCUUCGUCGCGGCGAUCACUGCGUGCUCCAGCAGGGAAUUUCUUGAUCGGGGCAGGAAGAUCCACGCCGCCGUGAUCGACCUGGGCCUCCACGGCGACAUCACGAUCCAGAAUGCGCUCGUUUCGAUGUAUGCGAAGGGUAGCAGCGCGGAGGAAGCACUUUCGGUGUUCCAGAGGAUGGAAGAUCGCAACAGGGUCUCGUGGAACAGCAUGAUCGCAGCCUUUGCUGCGAGCGCACAAUCUUGCUCGGCGAUGGGCCUCUUCCACGGUAUGAACUUGGAAGGGAUCAAGCCCGACGAUGUGAGCUUUCUGGGAGUUCUAAGUGCCUGCUCGAGCACUGGGUGCUUGCGAUCGUGCAAGCGGAUCCACUCGCAGCUGGAGCUCGCCGCGGUGCACUCUCCUCCGGAUUUGAGCGUGGAGAACUCGCUUGUCACUGCCUACGCCAAGUGUGGAGAUCUAGAGGCCGCCGAGAGGAUUUUUCAAAGAAUCCCAGGCAAGAAUGUCGUGUCCUGGACGGCCAUGCUCACUGCUUACACCUUUCACGGCAAUGGAUCCAAAGCUCUCGAGCUCUACGACAAGAUGGUCGGGCAGUCGAUCCAGCCGGACAGCGUGGUGCUGCUCAACGUAAUCUAUGCCGGAUCACUGGUCGGGGACGUCGGCCUCGCGAGAAAGCUCCACGCUCGCGUUGCUUCCUCCAGCUUCAUGCUCAAGAUCCAGAUCCAGAAUGCGCUCAUCAACAUGUACGCGCGGUGCGGCAGCCUGGAGGAGGCAAGGCGGGUGUUUGAUGGGAUCGAGAGGAAGAACUUGGUGUCAUGGAACGCGAUGAUGGGAUCUUAUGUGCAGCACGGAUACGACGAGGAAGCGAUCGCAUUGUUCUCGGAGAUGAAGACUGGGAACUCGAAGGCCAUGGAGUCGGGCUUGAGGAGCUCGGUCUCUGCGAGCUCGGACUCUAGUUUGUACACAAAGAGUGUGAAGAGCUCGGACUCCACUAACACCUCGGCCUCCACCAUCUCGGACUCCAUUCUAAAGCCCGAUUGCAUCAUGGCUGUCAUUCUCCUGUGCGCCCACGCUGGCCUGGGCAAGCUCGCCGAGGGGCGGUGCAUCCACGCCGAGUUAUGCGCCGUGAAUCCGGAGAUUCUCGCGGGAUCCACGACCAAUGUCACCCUGGGCAACGCGCUGGUUAGCAUGUACGCGCGCUGCGGCAGCAUGGGAGAUGCCAGCGCCGCCUUCCACCACAUGAGAGCCCGCGACACGGUGACGUGGAGCUCCCUGGUGGCGGGAUACGCCCACCACGGCCACGCCGAAUAUGCCAUCCUCCUCUACCGCGACAUGCACCUCGAGGGCGUCCAGCCCGACAGCGUCACCUACGUCAGCAUCCUCAACUCGUGCAGCCAUGCCGGCCUGCUCGCCCAGGCGCGGCAUUUCUUUGUGUCCAUGGUCGAGGACCACUGCCUGGCGGCGUGGCCCGACCACUGGAAGUGCAUGGUGGACGUGCUGGGGCGGGCGGGGUUUGUCGGGCGGGCAGAGGACGUGGUGAGGAAUAUGCCGUUCCAGCCGGAUGUGGUGGCGUGGAACACGCUGCUGGGGUGCUGCAAGGUGCACGGGGACGCGCAGCGGGGGGCCGUGGCGGCACGGAACGCGGUGGGGAUUAGCCCGGGUUUUGCGGGGUCAACGGUGCUGCUAUGUAUGCGGAGAUUGGGCGGCACGAGUGCAUGUCGAGCUUAG